CUUAAUUCCCAAAAAUACCCUUAUAUUACCAAACUGUCAAAAGCUUCCCCUCCUCUCGACUACAGAUAAUAAAACCCCGUAAAUAAUUGUAAUUACUUUUCACCCGCUGUUAAAAUAUAAUUGGCCGACUCCAUAAAGUACUCAGCAAUAUAAACCAAAAAAGAACUCUUUUUCUCUGUGGGAUUUUCUCUCUUUCAACACAAAGCUGAUUCUUGGAAGUGAAAGGAGAGAGAAAAAAAAUUGUGGGAUUUCGAUUCCAUCACCGUUUUUUCUGAUUCUUCUGCAGAAUAUCUGAAAAUCUGGGUGGUUUUUCUUUUUCCUUAGGGUCUUUUUAAGGUACUUGUUUUAUUGAUUUUUGUUCUUCUUAAGUUUCCAUUGAAUCUUCUUUAUAUUCGAAUGUUGAAACACAAGAAACGAAUUUUGGGUUUUUUCUCUCCUUUGUUUUUAAUCCAUCAAAAAGGAAGCUUUAACUUCAAAGCUCCCUUUUUCGAGGUCCCUUUGAAUUCAGUUUGUAAUUGAUUGAGAAAAUGUAAAUGAAAAUUGAAAAAAUGAAUAAGAUUUUUCAGUUUUAUGGUUUUUUUUUUAAGUCAAAUUUGAGAAAUCUAUUUUUAGCUGAAAAAGGGGCCUCUUUUUUUUUUUCCUCUAUUUUUGGAUUUUUUUUUUAUUUGAUGGGGCUGGUAUCACAGGGUUAUGUCUAAAUUUAUUAUAUUGACAGUAAAUGUUUUCAAAGACUGUAUUUUUUGUUGCUAGAAAAGAUUAACAAAAACUUUUAUUUUUUUAGCACAAAAAUGGAUAUUGUGAGAUGAAGCCGAGGAAAUGUGAGGUUGAAAAAGUUUAACUUAAUGGGUUGUUUCUGCUACAUCUAAUUGCUUCAGUGAAUUUUGGGUUGAAUGCAGUUUGUUUAGUAUGUGAUUUGUCUUAAAUGCAGAAAGUGCUGAUCAAAUUGCCUAUCUGCUGAUUUGGAGUUUGCUGGGGGUUGGAUAUUAUCUGUAUUUGUGUUUCACAUUACAAAUUUUUUGGUGCCAAAACCAGCUUGCUGUGGUUGAUAAUAUAUAUGGCUGUGGCCUUUACUUAUCUUUCAUGGUGGUUAUGGAGUGGGAAACAUCAAGAGCCUAGAAUUGCUAAUGGAGCUUCUUUAAGUUCUUCGCCGGAUUCAGGUCUAUGGGAGUCGGAUAAUCUGAAGUUUCCACUGGUUAAGAGGGCUAAUAUGGCUUCUUCAUCAAGAAGAGCUAAGAGGAAAUGGCAUAGCAGGGAAGAAAGAAAGAUUGAUAGGGAAUAUGAUGUAGUGCUUGUGCCAUCUGAUGGAGGGUGUGUUUCAGGGUCUGAGUCUGAUUGUUCUGAUUACUCCAUUGGAUGGUUAGAGCCUCAUGGACCUGGAUUCCAGAGUGAUGAUGAUUCAGACAAAAGUUUUGCUGUGCUGGUUCCAUGUUAUGGGCACAGUCAGGAUGAUAUGGUUGAGGAUUCAAAGAACAACGUUCUGGGUGCCAUUGUGAACAUUCCUAACAAUUAUUCUACAGAAAGCAAAAAGUAUGUGGAACAGUGGCUCUCUUCCCUGCGAACUAGCUGAUAUCCUGGACUGUUGAAGAUUGCUUAUGAAAUCUGAAUUCUGUUGCUCCAUCUGCAGGAAGAACAUGGUCUGUGUUAUAAAUAUUUGUAUAAAGAUACUGUACAUAAUUUAAAAUUUUUAAAAAGAUGAGCAAAUGAAUGUGGAUAGCCUGCUUUAUUGUUGCUAAUGGAAGAGAAUCUGAGCUAGUAUCAACUGAUGAGCAGCGGAAAUAGCUUAAGGGACAAACAACCAUGUUGGACUAGACAUGUCCUUUUCUGCUGUUUCCUUUGAGACCUGGAGAGGAAGAAGCUGACCGUAUUUCUUCCAUGUAUGCUAUCCAGAUAAGCAGAUUGAUGUUCAUUUGUGUGUGUGUGUGUGUGAGAGAGAGAGAGAGAGAGAGAGAUUUCUUGGGACCUGUAGCUACAAGACAAAUGGGGAAAGUUGUGUGUGUGUGUAUUCAGUUCUUUGGUGUAAACAUGGUUGUACAUACUUAAAAACUGAAGCAGAUUUAUGCAUUUGUCUUAUUUCUGUAAAUCAUACUGGGGUCGGCCAUUCUCUGCUAAUUUUUAUCACUAUUGAA